GUGGGCACAGUGGGGCCCCAGGUUAGAGAUGCCCCCGCAGUUAGGGAUGCUGCGGCUUGGCUUCGGCUUCUGGGGAGCCCCACUGUGAUCUCCCGGGAGAAACUUCUCAAAACUUUAAAGAGCCAUUUUCUACACCUCGAGUUGCCGGGACGUCAAAGUGCCCUAAGAAUAAUUAUGGCAGAGCCUUCUGAUCCAGAAGGACCAAUAGAUUGGAAAGAGCGAUGCGCAGCUCUGGAGUCUCAGCUUAUGAAAUUUAGAGUUCAAGCAAGCAAGAUACGAGAGCUUUUAGCAGACAAGAUGCAACAGCUCGAAAGACAAGUUAUUGAUGCUGAACGGCAAGCAGAGAAAGCUUUUCAACAGGUACAAGUUAUGGAACAGAAAUUAAAAGCAGCUAAUAUUCAAACCAGUGAAUCAGAGACAAGGUUAUAUAAAAAAUGUCAAGACCUGGAGUCUCUACUACAGGAAAAAGAUGACAUCAUUCAAAAUUUGGAACUGCAAUUUGAAGAGCAGAAACAAAUAAGAAUCCAAGAAGCUAAAAUAAUAGAAGAGAAAGCAGCUAAGAUCAAAGAAUGGGUAACAGUUAAGUUAAAUGAGCUGGAAUUGGAGAAUCAGAAUCUUCGUUUGAUCAACCAAAACCAAACUGAAGAGAUAAAAGCACUACAAUCAAAACUACAAGAAGUUCAAGGUAAGAAGUCAUCCAUGGUUUCCACACCAAAACUUUCGGAAGGGCAGCGCCUGAGCAAUUUGAAGUUUGGGUGCUUUUUAUCCCGAGCAAAGAGUCCUCCUCAAGUAGUGAAAUCUGAGGAAAUGAGCAAGAUAUCUUCUAAAGAAUCUGAGUCCACAGAAGGAAAAAAGACAGAAGAAAUGGAAAUUCUGGAGAAGUCUGUUGAUAACCCAGUUCAAGAAAAUGAGAGAGGCCAGAGAACCUUGCAUAAAACCCCUUGUGUCUCAGAACAGAAUAGGAAAACAAGAGUAAGUUUUGCAAUGGAUGAUAACGUAUGCAAGAAUUCUGAGGCUCCCGGAAGUGACUGGAGUUCUGAUGAGGAAGAUGAGAACAAAGAAACGUCCAAGUCCAGGAGCAUGACCAGACUUUCCAGUCACACCUCAGAGGAAGGUGUCCCAUGUGGCAGGAUAGGGAGUGAAGCGUACUUGACAGCAUCUGAUGACAGCAGCUCUGUAUUUGAAGAAGAAACUUUUGGUGUAAAGAGACCAGAACACAAGAAGCUGUAUUCUUGGCAACAGGAGGCCCAAUGGAAAGCUCACAAUAAUCUCCUUGGAAAGGGAAAUUCUGAAUCAAGUAAAAAGGAGCACGACAGUGAGGAACUGAACAAAAAAUUUCAAUCCCAGCGAUUGGAUUAUUCAUCCUCAUCAAGUGAGACCAACACCCCAAGCCCUAUUUUGACCCCCUCUUUAACGCCAAAGCAUUCUAACACACUCACUGGAAAAGGAACACAGUUAGUGUGUUCAUCACAUUUAUCACCCUCAAGGUUAAGGAUUCCUAACGUUUUCAGCAUAAGUGUAGCACUCACCAAAAGGCACCUAAGCCAACCACAGUUAAGUUCCGACAGGACGUUUGGUACGAACAGAAAUGCUAUAAGCAUGAUACGACCCCUGAGACCUCAGGAAACCGAUCUGGAUCUGGUUGAUGGUGACAGCCCAGAAAUUUUAGAGAAUAUGGACACGAGUUGUGAGGAUGGAUUGUUCUGCUCUGACUCCAUGGAAUCUACACAUCCAGAUGAGCAAGAAACCUGUGACUCAGCAAAGAAGGCUGCGGGUGGCAAACCUCCCACUCCUCCCCUGCAUCGGUUUCCAUCUUGGGAAAGCAGAAUUUAUGCUGUAGCCAAAUCAGGCAUUCGAAUGUCUGAGGCGUUCAAUAUGGAAAAUGUUAAUAAAAAUUCUGCCACCAUGCUAUCCUAUACCACAUCAGGACUUUAUACAUCUCUGAUAUACAAGAAUAUGACAACCCCAGUGUAUACAACUUUGAAAGGGAAGGCGACCCAAAUAAGUAGCAGCCCUUUCCUGGACGAUUCCUCUGGCUCCGAGGAAGAGGACGGCUCCAGAUCCAGCUCGCAGACAUCAGAGUCAGACUCGCGCAACCGGAGUGGGCCUGGGAGCCCGCGAGCCAUGAAGCGAGGAGUGUCUGUCUCCUCUGUGGCUUCUGAAAAUGACUACGCCAUUCCCCCCGAUGCCUACUCUGCAGACACAGAGUGCCUACAGCCUGAGCAGAAGCUCCCUAAAACCUGCUCGACGUCCAGUGAUAAUGGGAAAAAUGAACCACUGGAAAAAUCUGGCUAUUUACUAAAAAUGAGCGGUAAGGUCAAGACUUGGAAGCGGAGGUGGUUCGUUCUCAAAGGUGGAGAAUUACUUUACUACAAAUCUCCAAGUGAUGUAAUUAGAAAACCCCAGGGCCAUAUUGAACUUAGUGCUUCCUGCAGUAUUUUAAGAGGAGAUAACAAACAAACAGUUCAGUUGACCACUGAAAAACACACAUACUAUCUGACUGCAGAUUCUCCCAACAUAUUGGAAGAAUGGAUUAAAGUGUUACAGAAUGUUCUUCGGAUCCAAGCUGCUAACCCACUUUUCCUGCAGCCUGAAGGCAAACCAACAAUGAAGGGAUUACUCACGAAGGUAAAACAUGGCUACUCCAAGAGAGUCUGGUGUACACUUAUAGGAAAGACGUUGUAUUAUUUUCGAAGUCAAGAAGAUAAGUUUCCUUUAGGUCAGAUCAAACUCUGGGAGGCUAAAGUUGAAGAGGUGGACAGGUCCUGUGAUUCAGAUGAAGAUUAUGAAGCUAGUGGACGCAGUCUGUUGUCUACUCAUUAUACCAUUGUUAUCCACCCCAAAGACCAAGGUCCAACUUACCUCCUAAUUGGAUCCAAGCAUGAAAAGGACACCUGGCUUUAUCACCUGACUGUUGCAGCUGGAAGUAACAAUGUGAAUGUUGGAUCUGAGUUUGAACAACUCGUUUGCAAAUUGCUAAAUAUAGAAGGAGAAUCUUCCUCCCAGAUAUGGAGACACCCAACUUUGUGUCACAGCAAAGAAGGAAUCCUUUCCCCCCUGACCACGCUACCUUCUGAAGCUCUGCAGACAGAAGCCAUUAAGUUAUUCAAGACCUGCCAACUUUUUAUAAAUGCAGCAGUUGACUCCCCUGCAAUCGAUUACCAUAUAUCCCUAGCCCAGAGUGCUCUACAAAUCUGUCUGACACAUCCUGAGCUACAGAAUGAAAUUUGCUGUCAACUUAUUAAACAGACAAGACGAAGACAGCCCCAGAAUCAACCAGGACCAUUGCAGGGCUGGCAGCUCUUGGCACUCUGUGUUGGGCUCUUCCUUCCCCAUCAUCCUUUCCUGUGGCUCCUUGGGCUCCACCUAAAGAGGAACGCAGAUUCCAGGACAGAAUUUGGGAAAUAUGCCAUUUAUUGCCAGCGAUGUGUAGAAAGAACACAACAAAACGGAGAUCGAGAAGCGAGACCCUCGAGAAUGGAAAUUCUUUCAACCCUUCUUCGAAACCCGUAUCAUCAUUCCUUGCCUUUCAGUAUUCCUGUGCACUUCAUGAAUGGGAUAUAUCAGGUAGUUGGGUUUGAUGCUUCUACCACAGUGGAAGAAUUCUUGAAUACUUUGAACCAGGACACAGGAAUGAGGAAGCCUUUACAGUCUGGAUUUGCAUUGUUCACUGACGAUCCUUCUGGCAGAGACCUAGAGCAUUGUCUUCAAGGAAACAUAAAGAUUUGUGACAUUAUUUCUAAGUGGGAACAGGCAUCUAAGGAGCAGCAGCCUGGAAAAUGUGAAGGUACAAGAACUGUCCGUCUAACUUAUAAAAACAGACUAUAUUUCUCAAUGCAAGCCCGUGGAGAGACUGAUAGAGAGAAGUUGUUGUUAAUGUAUCAGACAAAUGAUCAAAUAGUAAAUGGCCUUUUUCCUGUGAGCAAGGAUCUGGCACUAGAAAUGGCAGCUCUUUUAGCUCAGGUGGAGAUUGGAGAUUUUGAAAGACCUUUCUCAACUCCAGCAGGACAAGUUACCAAUCAAUGUAAAGCCAACCAAACUCUCAAACAAGUUAUAGAGAAAUUUUAUCCUAAAGGGUACAGAGAUGGCUGUUCUGAGGAACAGUUAAGGCAGCUGUACCAGCGACUGUCAACCAGAUGGAUGGCCCUGCGGGGACACAACGCGGCUGACUGUGUGCGCAUUUAUUUGACAGUAGCCAGGAAGUGGCCAUUCUUUGGUGCCAAGUUGUUUCUUGCAAAACCCAUAACUCCAUCCUCACUUGGAAAUGCUUUCAUGUGGCUGGCUAUACAUGAGAAUGGUUUGAGCAUCUUAGAAUACAACUCCAUGAGGUUAAUAGUCAGCUAUGUGUACAAAAGUCUUAUGACCUUUGGAGGUUUUCAAGAUGAUUUUAUGGUAGUCAUUAACAAUACACAUUCAAAAGACAAAUCAACAGAGAAAUUACUUUUUGCCAUGGCAAAACCCAAGAUUCUUGAAAUCACUCUUUUGAUCGCCAGUUACAUCAACAACUUCCAUCAACAGAAGGCAGCGUUUCACCACCUCUCCGCUCCAGCCCUGCUCUCAAGCAGGACCCAGGGACCCCAAGCCAGGGCCAUGGGAAGCCAGCUCCUCCUUCCAAGCAGCAGGCCCACCAAAGGCCCCACCCUUUUAUGAAGGCUCCGGAGCCUGAACCUUCAGUCCUUGCCUCUAUGAUGGCUUCACUGGCUGACAGCAAGCUGAUUCACUCCAGCCAUGUGGCACCCACACACUAGUAUCCAAACUUCAGCAAAAAUAGGGGUUACUCUCUCUUAUCUGAUUCUUAAAUAUUCAAAUAGCAAUAAAACAUGAACAUACAAUUUGCCAACAUGUUCAUUUUCUCUUAAAUAGGUUAAAACUUGGUCAUUUCUCCCCGUCUUCCUAGCUAUCAGAGGCAUCAAGCACUGUAGCUUUUCUUUUAUUUUUUUUCUUUUGAAUAUUCUGGCCAUCUUUAGAAAGAGAGAUUCCAAACUCUUACUCUGUGUACCUGUUGAGUAUUUGGAAAAGCUCCCUGCCAAAAAUGUAAGUACUGUAAUUAAAUGUGCUCUUUAUUAAUGAGGUGGUAUUUGGAAAGGAACAGAGUGCACAGUGUAAGAAACAGCUGCAUGUGAUGUGGAGGGGUAAAUUUUUAGAGCAAGUGCAAUAAAUUUUGUGGCUCUGUGAAUCAUUACAUGAAAAAACAGGAGUUAGGUAACCAGACCCUCCUGUGUGGUAUUAGAAAGUAUACCCUGUCGCCUUCGCAGAUCACUGGAGUGUAAAGUUUAAAAUGAGGCAGUGAUUCCUGACAUUCCUUGGCUGUCAGCAUAGCACAAGUUCACUGGAAUAUUGCUCGCAUUUCCUUGCAUUUGGUACGGGGUCAACUUGACCUUGCUUUGUUCAAUAAUAUCUUUGAAAACAAAGACAGUCCUUAAAGCUUGCCCCCUCACAUACUCCUGAGAGUUUGAAAAUAUAUUCCCCAAAUAUUUGUUGGAAAUUUUGAGAAAAGAGAAAUAGAAAAAAAUUCUUCUAUCAAAGGAGAUAAAAUUUUAGUUGAAAGAAUAUUGAGAUGUAUGACUUUACUAGGUUGGGUAAGUGGCCAGUACAUUGCAGUAUGUGUCAAAACAAUGUAAUGAGGAUUCAUGAUAAAAACGAAACUGUGAUAAGACAUGAAAAUGAUAUUAUAGAAAUGUUUAACUGUAAUAGUAAUCAUGAGUAUACUUAAUUUUAUUUAUGUGUAGAAUAUUCGUAUUUAUUUUGGACAUAUUUAUCACUUUUGUGUCAUUGUUUUUAACCAAUUUGAGAAAAAUGUUAGCUGCUGAAUUACUUUGCUGGCAGAGUCCUUGUAUUUCUUCUUUGCUGCUUUCUCCCCAUGGUAAUGUACUGUUCCCACACUCAGCCUUCCAUCCUUCGAAGGAGCAGAGGCAAGAAAUACAUUACUUAAGGAAUAGUGUACUUUAUUGGAACAACAAAUAGAAGCUUUUAAAGCCUCUGUAGAAAUGGAUUUCCAUUGUCCAUUUCCUCUAUAUCUUUUGAGCCACAGCUACUCACUGAAUAAAUAAAUUAGUUUUUUAGAGUAAACUGAUUACCAAUUUGGGGUGACUCUGAGGAGUCUUUUGGCUGGGACACAGAAUUUCUGAGCUCCCAGAAAACCAUUUAAUAAUCAUUAGUUGAUGAGCCUGGGGUCUUGACAGAACUGUUACUAAGGUGUGAGAACUUUAUUCUCAGGCAGUAGUUCAUUCAUUCACUAUCUGGUAAACUCCCCUCUCUUAGCACCCCCAAAUUUUCUAAUUUAAAAAUAAGUAGUAAAGGCUUAGCUUAAACUGUAGUACCUUAUUCUUGGCAUUUAUUUUUGAUAGAGCAGAGAUAAAAUAUUUUGAUGGAAAGAAAUCAAUUUUCUGUAACUGAUGAUGUGAAAAUUUUAUUUUCUGGAAAAUUACUUAUAUAGCCAUUUAAAAAAUUCAAAGUAUGUUAUUAUGAUUGGUUACAUGAGAAUAGUGUUUCAUGUUUAAUUGUAAUAUUUGUCUCCUAUCAUUUUCUUCCCUUUCAAUCAUAAUAAAUGAUUUACAAAACCCA